AUGUUGCGCAACGCCCUCGCCUCCGCCGUCCGCCCCGCACUCCAGGCAAGGUCUGCCACUACUCUCUCUGCUGGCUUUCCCAAGGUCACCCAGCGUCCAUCCACCAAGUAUGGUGGUGUCUAUACCGUGACCUUGAUCCCGGGUGACGGUAUCGGUAACGAGAUUACCGACUCCGUCAAGGAGAUCUUCGAGUAUGUCAACGCUCCCAUUGAGUGGGAACAAUACAACGUCUCUGGCAUGUCCUCGUCCGGGGAGGAGCUCUUCAAGCAGGCUGUGGAGAGUUUGCGGCGGAACCGCGUCGGGCUGAAGGGUAUCCUCUUCACCCCCAUCUCUCAAUCCGGUCACGUAUCAUGGAACGUUGCGAUGCGUCAACAGCUUGACAUUUACGCCUCCGUCGUCCUCUGCAAGUCCCUCCCCGGCUUCCCCACCCGCCACGACAACGUCGACUUCGCCAUCAUCCGUGAGAACACUGAGGGCGAGUACUCUGGCCUCGAGCACCAGAGCUACCCUGGUGUCGUUGAGAGCUUGAAGGUCUCUACGCGCGCGAAGGCGGAGCGUAUUUCACGGUUCGCAUUCGACUUUGCGCUCAAGAACGGCCGCAAGAAAGUCACGUGCGUGCACAAGGCCAACAUCAUGAAGCUGGGUGACGGUCUGUUCCUCAACACCUUCCGCAAGGUCGCAGAGGAGUACAAGGGUGCUGGCAUUGAGUCGAACGAUAUGAUCGUUGACAACACGUCUAUGCAGCUGGUUGCAAGACCAACGCAGUUCGAUGUGAUGGUCAUGCCCAACCUUUACGGCGCGAUUGUCUCCAACAUCGGUGCUGCCCUGGUUGGCGGCCCCGGUAUUGUCCCUGGUUGCAACGUCGGCCGCGAGUACGCGCUCUUCGAGCCCGGUUGCCGUCACGUCGCCCAGGAUAUCAUGGGUACCAACAAGGCCAACCCUGCUGCGAUGAUCCUGAGUGCAACCAUGAUGCUCAGGCAUCUUGGUCUUGACAACCUCGCCGACAACAUUGCGAGCGCAACGUUCGACGUGAUCAACGCCGCCAAGGUCCGCACAGCUGACAUGGGUGGCUCUGCGACGACCUCGGAGUUCACAGGUGCUGUCAUCAAAAACAUCAAGCCGUAA